CCAGCGAGGAGGAGGGUGUGUUUAAAUAGCGAGCGGAGCCCCCCCCCCCCAGCGACACCUCUUCUGCGGGAGAACUGCGGCAGCAACCAACGCAACGAGAAGCAUUACAGCCUUUUCACCCAAAAGCUUCAACGAUGGCCACCAAAGACAAACUGAUCAGCCAAGUGCUGAAGGAGGAGCCUGGGAGUAGCAGGAACAAGGUGACGGUGGUGGGCGUGGGCAUGGUGGGCAUGGCCACCGCCAUGAGUGUCCUGCUCAAGGAUCUGUGCGACGAGCUGGCCCUAGUGGACGUGAUGGAGGACAAACUGAAGGGCGAAGCAAUGGACCUGCAACAUGGCUCCUUCUUCCUGAAGGCACACAAGAUUGUGGCAGACAAAGACUACAGCGUGACCGCCGGCUCCAGGGUUGUGGUGGUGACCGCCGGCGCCCGUCAGCAGGAAGGAGAGAGUCGCCUGAAUCUGGUGCAGCGCAAUGUCAACAUCUUCAAGUUCAUCAUCCCCAACAUCGUCAAGUACAGCCCCAACUGCAUCCUGAUGGUUGUCUCUAACCCGGUGGACAUCUUGACCUACGUUGCUUGGAAGCUGAGCGGCUUCCCGCGUCACCGUGUCAUCGGCUCCGGCACCAACCUGGACACGGCCCGGUUCCGCCACCUCAUGGGAGAGAAACUGAGCCUCCACCCUUCGAGCUGCCACGGAUGGAUCAUCGGAGAGCACGGAGACUCCAGUGUGCCUGUGUGGAGCGGCGUGAACGUGGCCGGCGUCAGUCUUCAGGGCUUCAACCCUAAGAUGGGGUCUGAAGGAGAUGGCGAAGACUGGAAGGGGGUGCACAAGAUGGUGGUUGAUGGAGCAUAUGAGGUGAUCCGGCUGAAGGGUUAUACUUCAUGGGCCAUCGGGAUGUCUGUGGCUGACCUGGUGGCGAGCAUCACCAAGAACAUGCACAAAGUUCACCCCGUGUCAACACUCAUUAAGGGCAUGUACGGAGUGAAAGAGGAGGUUUUCCUGAGCAUCCCCUGCGUCCUGGGCAACGGGGGCUUGUCAGAUGUCAUCAACAUGAGUCUGAAGCCAGAGGAGCAGCAGCAGCUAGUGAAGAGCGCUGAGACGCUGUGGGCCGUCCAAAAGGAGCUCACUCUGUGAACGGCGUAUAGCGCCCCUUGAUGCCACAUUUCGACCCCAAACUAAACAUCACAAAACACUGUGCAUUACCCCGAGCAACUUCCUCGUACUUUCUGUGUCCCGCUGUUGCAAACGACCUCCAUUAAGACCUAUGAAGUUCCAAAAAGUAGAAGUUACUUUUAGAUAUUUACCAUUAAUGGGUGUCAUUUUAUUUUUGCUGUCUUCCCCCAUCAUUGUAUGUAUAAGCAGAAACACUAUUUAGCCUUGAAGGUCAGCCUGUGUUGAAAUGUGGGAAUCGGUGUCUAAAAUAACCAUGUACGCUGUUACUGUGCACUGUUGUGGCUUCUUCCAUACACUCCUUGUAUGCUUUAUAUAUAUUCAGUCUACUGUGUGUGGGUUGUGUGUCUGUUUUUUUUUUUUUUUUAGUCUGAUAGAGACAUUCCAUUCUCUGGGGGUGGACUUCCUGUCCAACUGAUCUUGUAAUAGUAAUCUAAGGCCUUCUCCACACAUAUGACCACAAGUGCACUGACAAGUGAGAUAAGUCAAGAGUCCAUGGUAAUUCACUACGCUCCUUGUAUGGUUGGGGAUGCUAUUGAAGGGAAAUAAUCAAUAUAAACAACAAACUUGAAUGUCGUUAGCACACGGUAAUGCACUCUUAGAAAAUUUUAUUUAUAUUUCUCCAUAUAAACUAUAAAAGGACAUGAACAAAGUGUAAUGGUGUUAUUUUCUCUAAAGCUGUUACUGUAAUGAUACAUAUUUAUUGUGUCCACUUUUACUUAUCAUUAAGAUGAACAACUAUAGCCUGGUAAUAUUUGUAUGUGCUCUAACAUCAAGUAAAGCCGGGCUACAGGGGAAAAAAAGAUCCCCAUUUCUCUGCCUGUUCAUUACAAUUAUGUUUAUUACAGAGGUAUCACACACAUGGGUCAUUUAUAAACUUAAUCUUGUUUUUGCACCAGGACUUAUAGGUCACACCCAAUAAAUCAUAUACAAGUCCUCUGAGGUUAAUAUGUUGCCGGGCUCAGAGAGCAUCUUAGUGUACUUUUUGAUAAUGGAGAUCAAAAGGUGCUCUAGUCUCGACACAGCUUGUAAAGUACGUGAGUACAGUGAGUCCAUGUUUCAUUGCUUUGUAUUAAAAUUGUUAACAAUA